CGCCAUCUGUUCCACUCUGCUUCCGUGAAAUCCGACCCCAGUGUAAGUAUAUUUAUGUACAUAAAAUUAGACUCUUACAGCCCUGAUCUUCUGCGGCCAAGCCUCGCACUGUUGUAGAUGAGAGUCGAUGGAUUGUCAGUGGGAUUUUAGCCUACGUAUUGUUUAACUUAUAUCUGCGAGCGCUGACAGGCGAUUAUCGGUACUCCAAAUUACCAUAUGAUUAACAGACAUCUAUAGAUAACACGGACACAUUUGUCAUGAGGAGGUAAUAGGCUAUGGAGCAACAUGCAAUUGAUUAACCAAUAGCCUAUAUUGACACUCUGUGUCUCAGCUUAUAUGAUACAGUCCAAGAUGAAGAUUUAACAUAAGCUUAUUUUAAUGCGUUGGGAUACAAAAGCAUCGUAUUUCAGCAAUAAGGAGAUAUGGUUGUAAUGAUUUGUAGUACAAAGCUACAACAGGUCAUAAAGGACUGUUUUCAUACAUUUACUGCGUCUGACCUUUAAUUUGGAAUAUUCAACAGUCGUUUAGAUCCAUGCAGCCAAUCAGAGGAGGAGAUGACAGUUACGUCAUCGCGUUUAUGAAAAUUUCUGCUGUCAGCGUUGUAACGGUCGAUCAAAUUUUCACCUGAGGCCAACUUUUUUGUUUGUUUGUUUUUUUACAGUAAAACGCCGAUUGAGUUUACAGAGCAAAUGUCCCAGUCUGUAAUUUCCUCAUAAGCAGACUUUUAUCUUCAUCCCCAGUCCAGAGAGGCGAGCUGACCCCGGGUAGAGGCGGAAGUAGGCGGGUGCUUUAGCCUCGAGCUGCUCUGCCAUUGGUUUUAACUGUCUACGCAUUAUGGUUUAAAUGUCUGGCGGUGAACUGACCUUAACGAACUGCGUAUAAGAAAACGUCGUAGCUAGUGUUUGCGGGGGCUUUGUUUAGACUUAACAUCGCAAUGUUUUUGCACUGUAGUAGAUGUUGCAUAUCUCAUAGUCCUGUUAUGCGUGUGUAACAACGCUAGCUUUUGAUAGCGAGAUAGAGUUUGAGUUUGUCAGCUUUGUGGUCUGUUGUUGGAUUUCAGUUCAAAGAAUUUUCUAAAGGGACAAGAUGGUGACCAAGAGGAUCCGCUCGGAGUACAUGAAGAAAUUCAAAGACCCCAAAUGGGAGACCUACACUAAGUGUUAUGAGGAGAUGCUGAAGUACAGGCUUACGCGCAGGCUGCUGGAGCACACACACAACCCCUGGUUCUGGACUGGCUCGGACACUGAUUCAGACUCUGGAGGAAGAAGUCCCCCUCCUCCCAGUAAGAACCAGGUACAGUCCGAGACCAGCAGAGACAGGACAGAGGCUGAGCUGGAGGAGUGUGAGGGGGCGAGGAUGGACAGAGCCACAGGGCCUGUACCUAGGCUUCCCCUUCAAGAAGAGGAGGAUAAUGUGUCUGCUCGACAGUCUGCAGUGCAGGGCUCACAGCUUCAAGAUACCAGAGAGACGAGAGUACCAGAGGAGGAGAGAGCGGAGCAGAGAGCCAGCAACAGAGGCAGCAAACAGCUAUCAGUCCCUCACAGGGAACAAGACAGAGAGAGAGACACUAGAGGACCACAGCAGAGUAAGCCCUUCAAAUCCUCAAAACGAACCUGGCUCUCCCAGCGGGUUAGGCCUGCACCAACACGGCAGCCUGGGGAGGACAGUAAGGACAGCAGACAUCCUUUUGCUCUGUACGGUUCAGGAGAGAAGGACGCAGACAUCGCAGGCAGGAAGACGCACAAUGUUGGCCCUGCAGCUUCGACUAAUGAGAUCCACGAGUCGGCUCUACGUGCUAAGACCAGGCGGGAGGUGGAGCGUCAGAUCCAGACCCAGAGGACCGAGCGCCGGAGAGCCAAGUCUGCUGACCUGGACAAGGCCAGGAAGUUGGUUCCACCAGAAUUCAACCCCUGGCUCACUGAGUACAUGCGCUGCUUCUCUGCUCGCUCCCAAUAGGACACACACACGCGCGCGCACACACACACACACUCAGCACACUCACUUACAUCAGGGUGAUUCCAUACAAAAACACAAAAAUAAAGCCAUUAUUGCCCUGAAGUUUAAAUACCUAUAGAUGUAGAAAAGAGCAUGGGGUGGAUUGAUUCAUACAAAGGCUCCUGAGUGUGCAUCACUCUUGCAUUCAGGAUGUAAACUGACAAAACCUUGAAAUUCACAGUGUGGCUUAAUGUUUUUUAUAUAAAUACAUUUUAAUAUAUACAAUAAGAAACAUUUUACUGGGUAGAAGAGACUCUUGAAAGAAAUUAUUUAAAGUAAAUGUAUAAUUAAUGGUUACGUCUACCUUAUACAGAUAUUUUGAUGAGUCUGAAAUGCAUUUUACAGCCAUAUUUUGAUGUAGUCUCUUUAAUCAUACACUAUAUGUAAUUCUUUAUACAGGGAUAUCAAAGCACAGUGGACUCACACGGGGAUAAUGAAGGCACAUGGCAGCAUAGAUUCAGUCGCUUCUGAACUCAAAUGUGAGACCACGAACAUGAAGAAUGCACAUACACUUAUUUUAUACACAUAUACACAAAACCAAACACACACAAUCGAAUUGUUUGUAUUCCAAAACAUAAGACGGCUUAGUCAACUGAAUGUUUUUGUCAGAUUUAUGCAGCUUUCAAUGUGGAGAGACAUUUUCUUAUUUGUGCUGAGUACAAAGUAUUGAUUGACAUACAGAAAUAUGUCUGGUUCUAGUAGAUUUAAUGGUUUGUGUAACAGUUUAUGGAUUGAUCCUAACUGCUUUGGCUUAGAUAGUGAAUCACACUCUGUACUCACAGUCAAACUCAAACUCUGUGUAAAAUCACAGUUGUGUGAUGUGGCGGUGGCAUUUUCUCAUGAGCUCAUUGGCACGUUUACUUGUUAUUAACUUAAAAUAGUUUUAUAACAACAUUGUGUUUGUUCUUUAGUUGUGUUAAUGUGCGUUUACAGUUGUCAGUCAACCUGGUUCUAUCACAGUGUGAAAAUAAAUGCGAGUGACUUUUAAAGCCAUUGGGUGACAGUGAACUGAAGUGUUUCUUUUUUACAGUCACUGGUCAUGGGACUCUUUCCACCCAGAAAAUGUAAUAUUAAAAAUGACACACAGCUAAUUUAAGUUCUUUUCAAAGCAUACCAAUCAAAGGUUUAUUGUCGAGGCCAAGUUUCUUUAUCAUUAUUGUUACUGAAUCUGCUUUAGAACCAAAAGUGGAACCAUAACAACAAUGGACAUGAAGCUGAAUUACCUUUUAAAGUAGCAAAGCUCUGAAGCAAAGAUCUUUGACCAAAUCAAACAGCACUUUGAUAAUUAGUCACCUUUUCAUUUGUACAGAAUACCUUACUAACUAUUUAGGUUUCCGUGUAAUUCAUUCAUCUUUUGAAUCUCUGUAUAUUUGUUUGUAUUUGUACAUUGUUUGUGUUUAUGUGAAUGUAUUGAACACCAGAUAAUGUUAUUUUUACUCUCACAGCACAACCUUUGUGUAAUGGGUCUGGUCUUUUCAUGACAAUGGUUUUCAUCAUCAAAACCACCUUGGUUUCCUUGUGUCAGCAAUCAUGAUAAAAUCAGCUCUGUGCCAUAAAGAAAAGUGUUUUUUCUCCCUUUGCAACUCCAGUUAUUAAUGUUAUUGAUGUGAACGUUGUGUGAGGGGGGAAAAAAAGGAUGGGAGGAGGGUUGUACUUUACAUUUGGACAUUUAACAUUUUUCUAAAUCUUUGUUUUGUUGUUGCUACUCUGAGUUCAGUAUUACAUGACUUGCUUUUAUAAAGAUUUAGUUUUUCAAUGUUUUUAAGUUAUACUGCAAGAUAGUUCAACAACAGAUGUGAAAUUUUGUGCAAUAUUAUGAUACUUUAAGUAACUGCAUUCGAGCCGUUUUUUUUUUUUUUUUUUUAAUGUGGUGAACUUUGACAAUCUGAGAAAGCAGGAGUAAAACAAGAUCGUUAAUUAGUAAGUUAAUGAGACCAAACUUUAUCAUUUUCGAUCCUCUUAAUACUGUAGAGACAUUGUACUUUUGGUGAGGAGAUACUAUACUUGUCACAUGUUUUUCUAGGUUUACUUGGUAAUGGAAAUAUUCCUUUAGACUAGGAUCGUGUCAACCUAAAUGAUCAUCCCACUUUUAAUCAGGGUUAAUGAAGAAGAAAUAGAGAUUAUGACCAAUAAGACACAGAAGUACUUAAGUUUCAACUGUUGACAAACUCCACAGUGUAGAGUCUGGUUUUAGUGAAAAAGGAAAGAGUCAGAUUGUGGGCAUCUAAUGCAAACUAACUGAUCUAACUUACAGAUGACAUGAGGGGUGGAACAAUUACACUGUACUUUACAUUUUAGGCUUUUAACAUACUGUGUGUACACAUUUUAUAUGGUUUAGAGGAAAAGACUGAGGUUAAAUGGUGUGGUGCAAAGCUUUUAAUAAAUCACUUUUCCACCUUU